AUGGCUGUGGCAAUUCAUAUGCUAGUAUUGUUGGUACUGAUGGUUCCAACGAGUUCUCAAGGUCCGCCACCAGGAGCCCAGAUCAGCCCUCCAAGGCCUCCACAUAUUGCGAUUGACCCUCCGCGUCCUUCUAUCAAUCCUUUACGUCCACCACCAGGAGCCCAAAUCAGCCCCCCAAGGCCUCAACAUAUUGCGAUUGACCCUCCGCGUCCUCCCAUCAUUCCAUCACGUCCACCACCAGGGGCUCAGAUCAGUCCGCCGAGACCUCCUCCUAGACCACCAAUUUCAGGACGUCCACCACCACCCCUUUUUGGUUAA